AUGUUGAAUUCUGCUGUAAUGACCGAACAUAUCGACAUCAAGCGUAUCAAUAGUGAUCUUCGUUAUCGUUUUGAAUACAUAUCAAAAUUUCUUAAUUUUACAUCGGACGACAUCGCUAUGCUGAAUACAUUUGCGCCGCUUGCUUUUCCGCUGAUUCCAGACUUGGCUGAUACAGUUUAUAGGAAAUUAUUUUCGUAUGAUAUAACAAAACAACAGUUUAUUUUAGCUGCUGAAGGUUUUGAAGGAUUUUUACCGAGAAAACAAUGCGGACUUACAUUAGAAUCUGCUCCGGUUGUACUUCGAAAAGAUAUGUUCAGCAUUUAUUUACGACGAGUUUUAACAGAACAUGAAUGGAAUGAUACAUUUCUUCAGUAUCUAUCGCAAAUUGGAAAACUCCAUACAGAUCAAGCCGGUUCAGCAUCGCUUAACAUUGAUUUCAUACAUAUAAAUGCUCUACUUGGAUAUUUAGAAAAUCUACUUAUUGCAAAAUUAUGCAAUAUUGAUACGAUGGAUGAAAAAACCAAAUGCGGAAUUUUAAUGGCAAUUAAUAAAUUUUUUUGGAUACAAAAUGAUCUUUUUUCAUUGCACUUUUUAAGAGCAUUAAACGAUAACGGUGCAUCGCAAAAUUCAACUGAAAAAGAUAAAACAACAACAACAUGCUGUUGGGCUUAA